GAUAGUGGUGUGAUCGACUUGCUCAGACUGCUCGAGCCCGUGUCUCGCGCCCUCCGCUUCCAAUUCUCUGUGAUAGACCGCAGGUUCCCCACAGUGUAUUGGUCCGCUCCAGUCCGCGGCCGGCGCGAGUCGCUGCUGUGCCGACAAGAUACGCGGCCUGUGGUAAGCCGCCAACUACUUCUACAACACAUCUCGCUAGCAUCACUGGGCCGACUCAGCGUCGUGAGCUCCUGACUUCUCCCCCUGCUCAUUACCACCGAUUGGACAGAUGACGUUGCGAUCCAUGUGCCUGCAUACUGCGGCCAUGGGUGUGAGGACCUCCGCGGUUCAUCCCCUGACUCGUACGGGCUCCGUCAUAUUGCGCCGGUACGCGUAUAAAAAGGGCGAUGGACGGCGCACUUUCUCCAGGCCCCAGUUCCCCCGCGACCUGACAGCCAACCCACACACGCCCAACACAGCAACCAUGAGCACCAGAAGGAUCUCCGCUUACCUUCCCGAUGAGGAGGUCUUUGGGCGGUCUGCCCGCUUUCACAACUCUUUCCUGAUUGCUCCGGAUGAGGCUCUCGAGUUUGCCCGGAAGAACAGCGGCGAGAAGGGCUUGCCCGAGAUCGCAGUUAGCCCCGCUGAGGGCAAGUUCCUGCACCUCCUGGUGCGCACCAUUGGUGCGAAGAGGAUACUCGAAGUCGGUACUCUCGGAGGAUACUCCUCUAUCUGGAUGGGCCGCGCUCUUCCAGAGGGCGGCGAGAUAAUCUCUCUUGAGCUUUCAGACCAUCAUGCUCAGGUUGCCCGCGAAAACGUCGCGAAAGCAGGUCUAGGAAAUGUUGUAAAAAUCAUCCAGGGUCCUGCCGCCGACUCGCUCAAGACGUUGCAGCCGGGCGACGAGCCGUUCGACUUCGUUUUUAUUGACGCCGACAAGGACAACAACUUAACUUAUCUCCUCGAGGCUAAGCGUCUCACCAGGAAGGGAGCCGUCAUUAUCGUCGACAACACCGUGCGCGAGGGCGCCGUCGCAGACCUGUCUAAGACAGACGGUCCGAACGAAGGUGUUCGCAAGCUUCUCGCUCACCUCAAGACUGACACCGAGCUGUCUGCUACGACUGUCUCGACGAUUGGAGAGAGGGUCUGGGAUGGUUUCACCUACAUCCUCAAGCUGUAGAGCGCGCCUGCCGUCCAUGGCCUUACCCAAGUAGCGUCACUGAUACCGAGUCCAACCGAGUAUGGGACCGUUGUACGAUAUCGUUGAGGAACAGCAUGAUAUGUCGACCCAGUUGCAUCUUCCGAUGUCGGGAAUUCGCUGUUGAGUCAUGUGCGUAAGGAGUCAAGACUCAACAUCACGAUGGCACCUAGUCAUAGGAGGGGGUCC